AUAUAAAAACCCCAUAUAUACACUUUGUACAAGUUACAGGGUGUUGAGUAGUUAGACAUUGUCUAGUUGUGUGCGGUGUCUGACAACCAUGCUUUUUGGGACUUCUUUGUGGAGGGUAGGCCUGUAUUUCCUGCUGGCUGUUCCUCUGAGCUCCUCAACAAGAUACUAUGGUUCUGAUGAGGCAAGCUAUAAUGGCCCUUCCCAAAGCCAGUGGGGAAAGCGAUCAGACAGCUCACUGACCCCAGCUCAGGUGCGUCAGCAUGAAGGCCAUUCGUCAAGAGGAUACGCCACAGUAGCCGUCAGACCUAGCAGCAGCACGGCUAAGAGCCAAUACUCCAAAUCUGGCACUGAAAGCAGGAAGCCUAGUCUCUACCCUCUUCCCCAAGGCGGGCAGAAAGAUCUACCCACGAGUGGAAGUUCGUACAGAGAAAAUGUCCCCUACAAAAGCCCUCCCACCUCCUGGAAGGUCAGGCCUGAUUCCUCCAAGAGUUAUGGCCCUUCUGUGAAGGCACCUAAAAGGGGGUCGACCAGUGCCAUGAGCGACCGGUCUAUGAGCAGCACACACUACAGGCCUGCUAAGCCACCAGCAAAGGCUUCCAUCGGCUCCGGUCAGUACAGACCACAUGGAGAUAAACCUGCCUUUGGCAAAUCUAAGGAAAGCAAACGGGUGUAUGUUAGGCCCCACCACUCGUCCGCUAAACUUUCCUCUGGCAGUUUGGGGUUCCCUCAGCCCCAGUUGGCCAAAACUGAAGUCUCCUCUCCUUACGGCCAGAGGGGCUCAGCAACAUCCAAGAGUUCCCAUUCUCAAAGGCCAUUCAAGGCUGUCCCUCAAAGCCAAACGGAAUAUAGGAGUGGAAACAUUGGCUACCCUAGCGGCUACGCGAUGAAGAAUAAUGGCCAGAAUACUGGUUACUCCAGCAGUGUUUUGCCUCAGCAGGAGGAGGAGGAGGAUGAUGAUGAUGAUGAUGAUGAUUCCUCCCUCACCACCAUCCCCAGCGCUCUUGGCAAGGGCAUCAUCAUGACGAUAUCGGCAAACAAACGGCAGAUAAAGACUGGACAGGGCGUGCCUAAGUUUAGGCCAGGUCCCCCACCUCAGACCGCUAAUCCAUCCUAUGGGUCAACGGGUGGUUAUAAAAGGUGGGGAGUGUAACUGUGGCAUCAGGAUUCUAGUCUGAUGGGGACCUAUCUAUGGCAGAAACCUCUACUUUACCUGCUGGGAAAAAGGUGUCCAGGACCUGAUGACUUUGGUUUUGCUAUAAAUGUUCAUGAAGUGUCAAAUGCCUUGAGAAAUAAAAUCAUGAUGACUGUUA